AUGAAUUUUAUUACAGGAGAAGAUUUCAAUGAGAAAAUAAAAAAUUUAAAAUUUUCCAAUACAUACCACAUAUUGUGGAUAUAUAAAAAUAUAAAAGAAGUUUAUGACAAGGGAAGUUUAGAAAAUAUUCUUGAUCAGCUUAUAAAAAUCACAAUAGAUGAUUUUAAUUGUGCACUUUCUAUAUACGAUGAUUUAUGUAAUUUAGUCCUUAAAGCGUAUAAAAAAGAUAAAUAUAUUGAUGAUGAAGAUAUUUUUCACAUCAAAAAUAAAGAUGAAGAUAUAAAUAUUCCUAAGUAUAUUUCUGAUAAUGAAAUAUUCUUUAAGUUAUGUAUUCCUAUUAUGGAUACUUGUUUAAAACAAAUAGUAGAUUUAUUUACCUAUAUUUUUAAAAUUGAAAAAGAUUUUACCAAUUUAAAUAAACUUAUAGAAAGAUACAAUACAAAGAAAGAUAUUCUCAUUGAAUUACUUAUCUUACAAAUAAAACUUAGUGAAAAUGAAGAUAUAGAUUUUUUAUUACAAAACAUUAAUUUAAAAAAAGAAGAUAAAAAUAUAGAUUUAAAAAGUUUAUUAUUAGAUUUUGAAUUAACGAAUCUAAAUUUUUUUAUAGAAAAUGUUUGUAUUUUCUUAACCUACAGAAAUGAUAGUUUUUUACUAAGCAGAUUAAUUAAUUAUUGUAAAAGUGGAUAUAAACAUUUUAUUAUAAAGAAUAUUACAGUACCAUUGUAUAAAAAAAUAAAAGAUCAUUUAGAAAUCUGUGAAGAUCUUCUAAAAAAAGGAAUUUAUGAUUAUUCCUAUUUUUUAAACUGGUGUAAUAGAUCUUUUACCAAUUUAAGUUUAUUAAAAAUUAAUGAUUUUGUAGAAAUUAGUCGCAUUUUUAUAGAAUAUUUUAAAAGAGAAGAUAAUAAGUGUGAAUUAUACAAAAUAUUAGAAAAUAUUCUUAAUUUAAAAAUACAUCAUGUUUACGAAGAUAUUAGAAUUAAUAUUUUAAAUUAUAUUGAUAUUAUUUAUAAAAAAGAAUAUACAUUUUUAAAUGAUUUACUUUUAGAAGCAAGUAAAAAUAGAAAUUUAAGAAAUAUUUUAAUUACAAAGUUAAUUGUACUAAAAAAUAUUGAUAGUGAAUGUAAAACAGAGAUUAUUAAUAAUUUAUUUUGUAAUUUUGAUUUUAAUUGGAGGUAUAGAAAAGCUUUACUUAACGAGUGUGUAAAAAAUAUAGAUUUAUUAGAAUUUAAAAAUGAAAAAUGGCUUAUUCAGUUUGAAAAAGACAAAAUUUAUGUAAUUCGAGAGCUAGCAAAAAAAAUAAAGAAGCAACUUUAUAAAAAAGAAGAAAUAUUGUGUAAAAAACCAUUAGAAAAUGAUAAGCAAGUUGUAGAUAAAACAGAAAAAGUAACAAAUGCAUCUAAUGUACCGCAGAUUAAUAAGCAAAAUGAAACGCAUAAGGAAAUAGUUAAAUCGGUAGAUCAUAAGGAAAUAGCGGUAGAUCAUAAGGUAAUAGUUCAAUCGGUAGAUAAAGAUAAUUUUACUAAAAUUAAUGUAAAAAAUAGAAUAAAAAAUAUUGAAGAAAAGAUAGUGUUUAUAAAUGAAAAAAAUAAUAAAAAAUAA